GGGCUGGAGGAGAGGAGGAGGAGGAGGGGGGAGAGGAAGAGAGAGCGAGAAAGAGAGGACGGCGUUUUAUCAGCCAAGUGCAACCUGAAUCGUGAGGAGCGGACGAUGGGGGGGAAAAAAUCCCACUGUUCUUUCUUUUUCUCUAACGUGACCGUCAUUAACAUGUAGACCGAUUCACGUCAAAAGACCCGGAGCGUAAUGGUUUCUUCUGUCACAGGAGAAUUUUAUAGUUGUGAAUAAAAAAACCCAUUUUGGAUUAACGGAGCACUUGUUUUGGACUAAAAGGGUUUCCUUAAUUUCUUUCUGCCCGUGUGUAAAUGUUGGACCGCAUUUAACCCGAGUUUCUACCAUCUGGAGUGAAAAGUGCGCCAGUCUUAUUUCCAAGGCUUAUUUCCAACGCUUGAGCGUCGGGAUUUUUUCAGGAGUACUAUGUGGCUUUUGGAAGGACUGGACCUUAACCUAACGGGACUUAAGGCACAGAGGAAUAUUGUAUGAGGUGGGGAAAAAAACAGCGGAUGGGAUCGUUUCUUAACGGGGACCAACUUUGGACUUGACUCUUCACAGUACAAGUACCUACUAGACCCACUGCACCGCAAUCGCUGCUUCUGCCGCUGUACAUGGCAAUAUGGAAACCAUCAUCACUGACUGGCUUGUCUAUCUCCUGAGAAGUGGUGCCUAAAGAUGAAAUCUUCAGUGUUUUCUCCUUCAGUCCAGUGAUUGUUUACAGGACCUUUUUGAGGAAUAUAUUUUCAUACUGUGAGGAAUAUUUCACAGAUUUUCUUUCACCAAUUUGGAGGAAACUGAUGGCUGCUACAGUUCUACUGGAUGCUUUGCAGUGCUUUGGUUUUAAAACGGAUCAUUAGCAUCCACAACCCUCAUUUGCUCCAGAGUUACCAAUUUCCUUAUACCUUACUUUUGUAUGAAUGUCAGUUUUGUGAUUGUGUUUGUGUUUGCAUCUGCAUGGUAUAAGUGAGAAAAAGGAAAUAAGUAGUUUGUUUCACGAGCAAGAACUGGCCAAAAACAGAGAAAGCAACCAAGUGUAAAACGUGGGACAGCAGCCAUGUUCGAGUGGAGGCAGCAUUCGAGGAUUGGAUGUCGGCUACUUCAGAGUGCUACAUGUGGGAGCAGAAGCAUGGGAUAUGUAGGUCUAGAAGGUUCCUUAAAGGCUGGCUGGUGGGUAUCCACUCUAAUAUGGCUGGGAUUGCUGCUUCUGCAGGCAUGUCCAGCUGUUGUGUUGGCUCAGAAACUUGAUGAGAAUGACCCAAUAGUAACCACAGCCAAUGGCAAGCUUCGUGGUAUCAAGAAGGAGCUGAACAAUGAGAUCCUGGGUCCUGUCAUACAAUUUCUGGGCGUUCCAUAUGCCGCUCCACCUACUGGUGAGCGCCGCUUUCAGCCACCUGAGCCAGCGGCACCAUGGCCUGACAUUCGCAAUGCCACACACUUUGCCCCAGUGUGUCCCCAGAGCAUCGUCGAGGGCCGUCUGCCAGAUGUCAUGCUGCCAGUGUGGUUUACCAACAGCAUCGAUGUGGUGUCUACCUACGUCCAGGACCAGAGCGAGGACUGCCUCUAUCUUAACAUCUAUGUUCCCACUGAGGAUGUCAAAAGAAUAUCCAAGGAAUGUGCCAGGAAACCGGGCAAGAAAAUAUGUAGACAAGGAGGUCCCCUUACAAAGAAACACAGUGAUGAUUUAGGUGAUAGUGACCGCACGGACGACGAAGACAUUAGGGAGAGUGGAAGCCCCAAACCAGUGAUGGUUUUCAUCCAUGGGGGCUCCUACAUGGAAGGAACUGGGAAUAUGUUUGAUGGCAGUAUCCUGGCCAGCUAUGGGAACGUGAUUGUCAUCACUUUAAACUACAGACUUGGCGUCCUAGGUAAGGAUCCUGCAAUGAGUGACCAUUAUUACUGUCGUGUUGUGUCGUGUCUGUUCUUCCUUUAUUUAUGCCUUUUGUCAUGUUGAGUCCAUUACAUUAGCCUUAAAAAGACGAAGACCAGGGAUAUCUUUAUUUCUUUCUUUUCCUUUCUUUCUUUCUGCCUUCCUUUCUUUUUUUGGUCUGUACAUUGUUCUGGCUCAAACUGGUAUUUCUUGCUAAUAUCUGGUCUCAUUUCUUUGUUGAUUGAUUGCGAUAUUUCCAAAGACUGAAUUUGAGCUUUCUAUGAGAUGAUUGCUUUUCAUUCUUCCUUGACUUUGACGCUAAAGUAGGCAGGUGACAGGCAUAGUAGUACAAAAUGUUUGUGCCAUCCCUUUUAUGAUCCUUUGCUCAUCUACGUAUUUGUUUAAAGUGACAUGUUGAUUGCAUCUCUGCAUAGUUUGAACCUGGUUAUCACUCUGCUGUACAUCUCUUGCCUCCUUUCAUAUAUAGUUAGUACAAUGGAUUUUCAGUCCCUCUUGUUUCUGGAUAUCUCAGUUUUCUGUCUCCCCUGUCUUAUUUUUUUCUCAUCAGAGUAAUUCCUAAUUCCUUUUUCCUUCUUUUAGAUGUCACUGCCACAUGAUAGAAACAAAGGUGUGCUGAAUGAGAUUAUGCUGUCAUGGAAUGGAUCGCUUUCAUUUAAAUGCUCUUUUGGUUUAUGGGGUUUUCACCCGGUGUGAUCAACGGAUAGCAGAAUAAAGACACAGGGCAAUAUCCGCCUUUCACUCAAAUAUAUAUUAAAAAAAGUUUUCUUGGCAUGUGUGUGAGUGUGCGUGCAUGUACAGCUAUGUGUUUGUGUGUGUCAGGGUGUAUUUAGCGAAUUAAUAUAAAUGCUCACAUAAUAUUCUUUGUGAAGAGCUGAAACACAAUAUCAGUGAAAUAUUAGUGUGAUCUGCAGGUGGUCUGCAUCAUCUCUGUAAUCUCAAAAUUAUUCACUCUGAUAUUUUACAUUAGUUAUAUUUUAAUGGGAAAUACUAAGACUGGCUGAAAAACCUGUUGCUUUCUUACAGACGUCCUAAUGAUACCCAAAGAUCAACAGUGGUACUAAAAUUCUUGACAGCUAGAAGUCAGAUAAUUAAUAUACAUAUAUGAAUAUUUAAAAAAAAAGAUCUAGUGAUUAGAUAUGCAGCCUUCCUAUCCACCCUAAAGUUUAGCUUCAUUGCAGACUAUUACAGUUUGUAGAGACACCAUGUGUAUAAAGUACACAUACUCUACAUACACUAAAAAAAAACAAUUUUGGCUUUUUCUGAACUCCACACUCCAAAACCUGCUGUUCAAAGCUGAAAUCUUGGAUUUCCCUGUUAUGAAUAAACUGGCGUAGCCAAUUCAAACUCUGUUUGCAAAUAACAUUUAAAGCUUUAGAUUAUAGUUAUAAAGCAUUAUGGAAAUUACAUAAGCAGCUGAAGUGUACAACCACUUCCAAACAUCAAAAGCUUGAGAAAGGAUAAAAAAGGCAAGUAUGGUGAGAGUAAUCCAGCCAAAGAUCAGUCAGUUACAUUUUAGAACAUUUAAAAUUAUUUUAAAAGUGGUGAAAUCCUCAGUCCCUUAGGCAUUCCCUCCUCAUUCUUCUCUGUUUUUUCCCCUCCGUUCCCCACUCGCCCCUUUUUCGUGUGCAAGCUCUUAACUGCUCCAAGCCUCAUAGUGUUGAGGGAAAGUGUGUUCCUGCUGGUUAACAUGAGGCACUGCUGUUUGCUCUCAGAUUAAACUCUGUGUGUUUGUGUUUACCCCCCUGGCAAUGGGCAAAAGUGUGCAGCUUUACCUUACCCAACCUUCUAGUGGGCUGUGUGUGUUUGUGUGUGUCUGUGUGUGAAUGACAGUAGAUAUAGGACUCAUAAUCAGUGGGCUUGUGGGCUUUCCAUUCAGUUAUCCAGUAUAAUUGAGUACAAGUUCUGUGUUGGACUCUAAGUUGUUUUUCUUUCUCACUGUUAAGAGUCAGAGCCCACACGGCUCUGACACUUAAAUGGGAGUUCUUCCUCUCCGAGGUCACCAAGUGCUUUUUCAAAAGGGGGACGCAGUAAUAUUGCAGGGCCUUAAGGUUACAUUAUAUAGUACCUUGAUAUUACUGUUGCUGUAAACUGUGAACUGGAUAUAUUAAUAAACUGAAUUGAAUGUUAAUGUUUCAUUGGUCCAGACAUGAUGUAUAUGUAUUAUGUAAUCAGCAGCCUCUUUAAUUAAAGUCAGCCGACCACAUGUUCGUAAUAUGAAUAAACCCGUAUAUUAGGUAUGAUAACUAAACAUGUGUUUGGUUUAACAUUUGGUAUGGGGGAAAAAAAAGCUCUUUAUUAGAGAAUGAAUACAGGAGUUAGUGAAAGAUAUUACACAUCUCAAAAAUUAAGAAGGACUAGGAAACAAUGUUUGUUUAAACCUUUUAUACCUACUAACAUUUACCAGGCUCUCAGCAUUAUUAUUAUGUUCUCUAGUUAGCCAGUUGGCCAAUGUUGGCUAAAGUGUGGGACUGACCUAUACGGACGAUCGUGGCUCAAGAGUUGGGAGUUUGCCUUGUAAUUGGAAGGUUGCUGGUUCGAGCCCCGGCUUGGACAGUCUCCGUCGU